AUGAAGCGAACGUUUGUUGAGCAUUCCGAAGUAGAUGGCGGGUAUAACAACGCUUUUCAUCACCCAACAACAAACAUUGUAAAUAAUAACCCCAUGUUGAUUCUUGAAAAUUCAAAAAGAUUGAAACAUAAUUUGAAUAGCGAUGUAUUGGAAACUGAUUCUCUCCUUUUCGGAGCCGGCUCGUUUCAUGAUACCUCAUCUUCAUGCUUGUUCUCUGUGCAAGCUUCGAAGGAUGCAACCAAGCAGCUGAAACAGUUUGAACUGAUAAAUACCAUUGGAAGUCAAGGAAACAAACCUGGAGAGUUUAAUAGCCCAUUCGAUAUAGCUAUUGACCACUUCUCCCAACUCUUAUUUAUUUCAGAUCACGACAAUAAGCGAAUUCAAACGUUCCACUUGCACAGUUUAACUCUAAAGCAAGUGAUUAACAUUUGUGACAAACCAAAUUAUAUUGCCAUUCAUACCAAUAACACAUUGCUCGUUACAUCUAGAGAAUAUGUUUACAAAUACUCAUAUCUUGACGGAAAACAAAUAUGGAAAUUGUCCACACCGUUUCAAGCACCUACGGGAAUUUGUGUCGACUAUGAAGGAAAAAUUUAUGUCUGUGAUUGUUUUUCUCAUAGAAUCGUAGUAUUGUCUCAAAACGGUCAAGUGGAGCAUACGAUUUCUUCUGAAGGAAGCAAUUUUGGACAAUUAUUAUAUCCAAGAGGAAUAGACUUGGAUCAUUUGAAUAAUUUAGUAGUGUGUGACAAUGGAAACAAUCGAAUUCAAGUCUUUACAAGAAAUGGAAAUUGUCUUAAUUCUUACCAAUGUCAUCACCAUCAAUCCAACAAUCUCAUCUCUCCAGAAUCCGUUCUUGUCGAUAAAUCGGAUGGCUCUUUCAUUAUUACGGAUUGGGACUUCCAUCAAGUCCAUGUCCUGUCAAGCAAUGGUCAUUUGGAAAUUGGGUCCUAUGGAAAAGACCUUAAUUCUUUCAGUAUCCAACAGGAAUGGCGUUAA